CUCUCUCUCUCUGUCUGUCUCCCAAGAUUCAAUUCGAUUUCUGAGCUCUCUUUAUGGUCCCACCACACACCUUUUCAACAUUUUCCUUUUUGUAUUUUCUCGAGAAAAAUUUCUCUCUCCUCCCAAAACCCCUACUACCUCCCUCCGCUCCUCUCUCUCUCUCUCUCUCACAACGGCUUUAAUUUGAAUUGAAAUUCUCUCAUAGACGCGCACUUCUCUCUCUCUCCUUUUCUACCUUGUAUUAAUUACAUUGCACAGUACAGUACCUCACCACCACACCACUGCACAUUUCUUCAAUACACCUCUCUCCCUCUAUCUUAGGGUUUUCGUUCUCGCUUCGCGUUUCGCAAUGUCCUUUUGAGUUUUUCAGGUUCUGGACUCUGGAGUUCCUGUCCACUUCAUACCUUGUCGAAAGAAGGCAGGAAAUUAAAGUGCAAAACUAAAUUUGUUGUUGGGGUUAUUAUGCCUUAUAUUGGAAGAUUGGUCCUUAAAAAUAGUGAUCCACAUUCAUGGGCAUAUUUUGCUUCUAGAGUUAGCCACCGUAAUACCUGGAUGGCAUCUGGAAAUCCAUUUUUUGAUGAAAUGCGGAGCAAACCUGAGGUCAUUGAUCCUCCUCAAAGUGAAGACAUGUUGGAUGUUGGUGAAAAUGUGAAUGACCCAGCUGCUAUUUCUCUAAAACCUAAUUUAACUGUUUCUAGCAGUGUUCGUGAGCUAUUAGAGUGUCCUGUGUGCUUAAAUGCUAUGUACCCUCCUAUCCAUCAGUGUUCAAAUGGUCACACGUUGUGCUCUGGUUGCAAGCCCAGAGUGCACAACCGGUGCCCCACAUGCAGACAUGAACUUGGCAAUAUUAGAUGUCUUGCAUUGGAGAAGGUGGCUGCAUCUCUGGAACUUCCUUGUAAAUAUCAGAGUUUUGGGUGCUUGGGCAUAUACCCUUAUUACAGCAAACUUAAACAUGAAUCUCAAUGUGUCUAUAGACCCUAUAACUGUCCCUAUGCUGGAUCAGAAUGCACAGUCAUUGGUGAUAUACCCUAUCUGGUGGCCCACCUGAAAGAUGAUCACAAAGUUGACAUGCACAAUGGCAGCACCUUCAACCAUCGCUAUGUCAAAUCAAAUCCACAAGAGGUUGAAAAUGCCACAUGGAUGCUGACGGUCUUCAGUUGCUUUGGCCAAUACUUUUGUCUGCAUUUUGAAGCUUUCCAGCUCGGGAUGGCUCCUGUCUACAUAGCAUUCUUGCGAUUUAUGGGCGAUGAUAAUGAGGCAAAGAACUACAGUUACAGCCUAGAGGUUGGUGGAAAUGGGAGGAAGAUGACUUGGCAGGGGGUACCUAGAAGCGUUAGGGAUAGCCAUAGGAAGGUGCGUGACAGUUUUGACGGUCUCAUCAUCCAACGCAACAUGGCUCUCUUCUUCUCUGGGGGAGACCGGAAGGAAUUGAAGCUUAGAGUGACAGGUAGGAUUUGGAAAGAGCAGUGAUAAAGAAUUUCUGCAUUUAUCUUCUUUCCCGUUCUAUUCAACCUUAUAGUAAGUAGUUCUAUCCUUUUGAGUUUUUGAGUCUUCUGGUCAUGUAUUUUUUGGAAUGUAGGACGCAAACUCUCUUUGCUUGUCCAUGCAUUGAAUGUACAUGAGCAGGAAGGCAUACCUGUUAUCUGUAAUUACGAUGAUUAUCUAUUUGUAGAUGAAUUAGUCUGCUGCUGGUA